GUGAGUUUCUUCAUUUCCUGUUUCAUUCUCGGUCUUGCUUGCUUCCAUUUAAUAUGAGUUCCUUCUCCGGAUGUUCUGUGUAGUCUGCAGCUCCUCGUAUCGUCUGCAACAUCAAUGACUUUCUUUGCGCUGCCAACUAUUAUAAGGACAUGGUGAUGAAACAGAAAGUGGCCUGCAGUAUUGUCCAAGGUUUGAGUGACUUUUGGAAAUGUGAAGAGCUGCAAGAUUUUACUGUCAUGCUUGAUACAACAAAGUUUGAGUGUCACAGGUUUCUUCUGGCAGCUUGUUCUGGGUUUUUUAGAGGACUGUUUAGAUCCGGCAUGAAAGAAACGGAAUUAAAGUGUGUGACUGUAGAAAACAUCUCAAGUGAAACUUUUGAGUUGAUCCUGGAGACUCUGUACACUGCCAAUGAUGUCCUGACAAAUGACAAUGUCAUUGACAUCUGGGAAGCUGCACACCAAUUACAGAUAUCAUUUCUAAUUACAGAGUGUGAAGAGUUUGCCAUAGCCACAUUGUCCUUGGACAAUUACAUUGAUUAUUAUAAAACUGCCAAACUUUUUGACUCCAAAGAAGUGUUAGACAUUGUUUGGUCAUUUUUUCUCAAAAACGCAAACUCUUUCUUCCAAACCGACUUUUUUUAUGAGAUGCAAGUUCCGGACGUUUUGAGACUGAUUCAAAGUCAAGAUCUUGAAACAACUUCAGAAGAUGAUGUAGUGCACGCCUUGUUGGGGUGGGUGGAAUUUAGACCUCGCCAGCAAGAUGAAACUUCUGAAGAGUCAGUCAAGGAAUUUAUGUUCAAGAAUUCAUGUCAGAAAAUAUUCAAAACGGGCUAUACUCGUUUUGAAACAUCAGAAAAUCAACAUCAAAAUAAAUAUAUAACAAUAGAUUCACACGACGAUAGCAGGAAGCAGAACAUUCCUGACUUGUUGUCAAAUACAAGAACAUGCUUAUUAAGCACAAAGUGUUUGGAGAUGUUGAGUUGUCACCCACUGGUUAGAGAAAAUAAAGUAGCCACAGACAUUAUCAUUGAGGCUCUAUUUUACCAGUUUCAAGUCGGCAAACGCAGCGGGCACUGGCCACCUGGUGCUAUUUAUAGGAAAAAUGGCAACCAUGUCAACGCUGCUGUGGCUGUACGGAAAACUACAAACGAAUCGAUUGUAGAAAUAAAAGCAUUUUCGUUUUUAACCAAGCAAUGGGUUCAGCUACCAUGUUUGUAUAGCAAUGCAAGUGUGGCAUUUGUUGCUAAUGAUAAAUCUCUAUACGCCCUAAGUGAACAGAUUGCCACUGACAAAGUAACAUUCUUGAGACCGAACUUUCCUUCCAAAAGACAGAUUUUGAGAUUUACCAAUGGCGUUUGGUCUGAAGUGAGCUUUACUUUCGACUUACCGCCCGAGCCAUUUGUUGUAUCGGCGGACGCUUUCAUUUACAUUCUUUCUAUAGCAAGUCGAGAAGUCUGGCAACUGGACCUGACUGCAAGGAUUUCUGUUCGAAUGAAUGACCUACCAGUUACGGCGUCAAUAAGUCACGUGACUAAUUAUGAGCAGUUUAUCCUAGCGUUUUAUAACAAGACAGAAGAAGAGUACAAAGCAGCUGUUUGUUGUUUUGAUACGUCGCAAAACCUGUGGAGAAAACUUGAUGAUUUAAAUGGCUAUGCUCAAGGUAUGAUUAGUUUUAAAGACAUUCAUUCAACUUAUCUCAUGCAGACCAAUGGGAAUCUCUGGAUGCUGGAGCUACAGUCUGAUGAUAUAAAAUUUAAACAUGUGGCCAAACUUUGGAGCUGUGACUGGUCACUUCACGGAGCGGUCACUUUUAGGGAUGAGCUUUACAUCUAUGGAGUCAGGUCUGAGGCUUUAAAGCAAGAUUUUCAAAAACAAUUAUUUUUAGACGGCAGCUUUAAUCAGAUUGUUUACAUGGAGAGUGAAGACACAGAAUCAUCAUCAUUUAUUCCUGUAACAUUAAGUCGACAAGGUUUAGUCCAGAUAUAAAUCUAUUCAAUGAGCAAUGCAUAAUAAUAGAUUAUAUCUUUUACAAGUAAUAUGUAUUUGAUUUUUUAGUUUCGGAGUGCCCAGCUGUACCAGUAUAAAUAUUUAGUUUGACUAGUUUUUCUUUUAGUGAAAUAUAGUGUAAGUUUUAUACUUUUGUUUAAAUAGAUUUUACUAAUUUUUUAAAGUCUUAUUUUAAAAAUUAGUAGUUUACCUGUUUCAGUUAUAAGAACUUAUUAUUAAUAAAGCUUUAAUUUGCGUUAAUAUAACAGCCACACAUCUGCUGUAUAAUAUAAUCUCUAAACUAUAUUUUCUUACUACGAUUGAUUGAGUUUUCUCCCCUUGAGUCACUGGAUUCGGGUGAACACUUUUAAUUAGUAAUUAGCAACUAAAACGGAUGCAUAAAUAGAAUUGGGUAUGGUCUAGACAUAGAUUUUGAUAAAGUAUAUUGUUCUGGUUUGUCCAAGGUUCUCAUUUAGAAUCAUGAGAUCUCAUCAUGAAGUUCUUUAUAAACAUAGACAUUGUCUAUUGUGGCCUCGGAAGAGACUGAUUAAAAUAUAUUGUUUAAAAGAAUUUACUUAUUUCAAGUGUAUCUAUAUCAUCAUAUAUAUACUCAUAAAAUUUUUGAUGUAAUAAAAUACAUGAAACCAGC